CGCGUUUCCCUGUUCACCGUCGAGCUGUCCUCAUCACCACGUCGUCGGCUCGUUCAGGAUUCGGCUGUCCGUCGACGACACGAAACUGCACAGUUACGCAGGAGUUAUAGGGCAACCCCAGCAUUCACAAUGGCGGGAGAGCAGCAGCAGUUUUUUCUCAAAUGGAACGACUUCCAGUCGAAUAUGGUGUCGUCGUUCAAACACCUGCGAGACGAGAAAAGCUUCACGGAUGUGACAUUGGCUUGCGACGGUCAAACUUGCAAAGCGCAUAAAAUGGUCCUGUCCGCUUGUAGUCCUUACUUCAAAUCCUUGUUAGAGGAAAAUCCGUCCAAACAUCCAAUUAUUAUACUAAAGGAUGUUGCGUAUAGUCACCUGCAGGCCAUUCUAGAAUUCAUGUAUGCGGGUGAGGUGAACGUUUCGCAAGAUCAGCUUCCAGCGUUUCUCAAAACGGCAGACCGGCUUAAAGUUAAAGGGCUAGCCGAAGCUCCCGGUGCCAUUAAGAGAGAAGGUUAAACAUUCGCACGUAAUUACGGUAUGCCUUGAACACUUUACUUUUUUCACUCUAGACGGAGAGGUCGACAGGAAGCCUCUUAUCGUAUAAUUUCUCUAUCUCCGAGUCGCUCCGUCCGUUCAUUUCCUUCUCUUCCUCACGUUGCGGAUAUUGGAUGUAUAGACUCGAAUCGUUCGGUUGCGAGUGCAUAUUACGUGCUGCGUAGUAACGAUUAUUUCAGUGGUUGUCGUCGACUUAACAGCAGUAUUGAUUAUUUCAGAGCGGCACGCGUUUAUAUGUUGCACGGGGGUUCAUUGCUCGGUAUAUUGAUUACGCGUCUAUUUUUAUUCGCGGCUAAUAUAAUAUACGCGCUUGUUUUCUGCGCUUCGUUUUACCACCGUACGGUCCGAAAUAGGAGCCGGCGAAUCCUCGCGAUCCGCACUAUUCUCCGAUAGAAGCGUCGUCUUUGUGUUGCAUGUCGGAUUUAGAGAGCGUAGUAUAGGAAGGUGCACGGGGCAAAAAUCCAAAUUUUCCUUUGCAGGUCUUUGAAAAGCGUGUGGACUGAAACAACAGUGUAAUAAUGUAAAGUGAUUGCGUAAAAAACACAUACCACACGAGACACACACACACACACACACACACACAGGUAUAUACGCGCGCAAAAAUAAACACACACACACAUACAUACACGCACGCACGCACACAUACGUACACAAUAUACAUUAUAGAUAUGUGUAAAGAGAAAGAUAAACACUGCGCGUAUGCACGACUCAGUGUCCUCCGGUUCAUGACUUGGAUCAACACACGAUGACAAUGUAAAAUAAUGCCUUUUUCUUAAUCUCAGUUAAUGUUAACGGUUUUACCGGUGUAUGCAUACGAAGUAGAGAUGAGAUGUUGAUGUUUGUCUUGAACCCAUUACGCCACAUUGUGGCGGUAAACAAUAACAACAUUGAUUAUUUUUUUAAAACGAAGCGCGAAUAAGUGGGUCGCGAUAGUUUACAAUACAUGCUGACCGGGGCAGUUUUGGUGGAUCAAGUUGGAAACGUUGAAGGCAUCUGUUACAACGCUCGUUUCUUUUUUUUCAAGCCGAUCUACCGGACUCACAGCAUACAUUCUCUCUCUCUCUCUCUCUCUCUUCUAUCGGUUCCAUUGGUAGAUCUAUUCACGCAGCAGCAGUUUUGCCUCACCGUUUUUAAACCCUUGUUGUGGUUGAUUAUCAUGAAAAACCGUUACGGCGAAGUUCGGGCAAACUUCGCCUUUUACGAAAUAUAAGUGUGAAAGUCUCGCAUUCCUUUGACAUAGAUGUCCACACGUGCCGCUUUAAUCGAUUGUUUGUACAUCCGAUCACUGAGGGGACAAUUAGGGAACGAGUCUCUCACAGGGCAUUAAUUAUCUCCCGCACUAGGCUAUGUAAAUGUUAGUUGAGCGACGAGGAAAGAAAGUAUGCGGGCCGGAGUAUCGUGCCCGAUCGGAAAGUUCCGCUUCUGUCGUGGAUAGAUUUGCAAAACCCCCCGGUAAAUUAUUCAGAGGACGUCGAAUCAAGUUUACUGGAAGUAGUAACGUGCGUGUCACAUGUUAGAUAUCGGUUCUCUCUCUCUCUCUCUCUCUCUUUUUCUCUCGUCAACCUCGCCGAGCGGCGAGUCGCGAUGUUUUCUCAGCGCUCUAAGCGCUUUCCACGUAAAGAAAUUGCUACGGAGAAACGGAAGGAAUUGUUCUUGUAAUACCGCAAUCGAAUCCUGUACAAGUUACCUCUUCUAGUGAUCAUGAUUUUUUACUUAACCAAAUACUGCCAGUAUUUGUACCGGCGUAUUCACAAUAUUACCGAUAGACCAAAUUUAUUUAUGAUAAUAAUAUAUUAAGGGUUGAAUGUCUUUAAUCGAGGGAAGGUUAUUGUAAUAUAAGCGAUGCAAAUUUUUGUAAAGUCGGAGCGCACAGUUCCUUUUCCCUCCCGAAGAACCAGAAUGCUCGGAAAACGAAAAAAAAAGGGUUUAGGAAAGAAGUCGGGAAAAAGAAAAACAUUGUCGAGUCAGGGACUCUCUUGUGAGAUCAAUUCGUUCGUAGAGACUAUUUUCUCCUUGCGCGCGUUUGAUCAAGCGGGCCAAUACUUUGUCGUUUGGUGCACUCGAGGGAUCUUUCCCGAGGGUUGAUUUUUCUUUUCUCGUACGACCCCUCCUCAGUCCGUAUAUCGCGAAUCAAGCCCACGCCACUCAUUAUUCCUGACUUUCCUGUUUCUUUGUAAUUACGGAAAUUGCGUUAGCGUUUUCCUCUGCAAGCUAAUCACACACCCCAAACUAAUCACACAUCCUUACGCCCAUAUACGGUUUAUGAGUUCAUUCCGUCAUGUUUCCAGCUCGGACUGUGUAUCGAAUUAGCACGAGUAAACUCCUACCGCACACCGAAUGCCGAUUUAGGCUCUCGUAUACACACACACACAGACACACACACACACACAUGCAUCUCGAACGUCAGUCAUGUCCUGCGAAAUGUUGUGAAAAAUCGUAAGCGCAAUCGUUCCCUACCGAUUUUGCUUCGGAUGUUUCUGUGAAUGACACGUGAGAACCGCCUUAACGUAGCAACGCUUACGACUUGUUAGAAUGGUCCACCAAAAGAGAACUCGCCGUUCGUGGGAGCGCUUCCAAUGUUCGACGCGAGAAGCAGCCGCGAGUGUGUCAUGGAAGUCGACUUUGCAUCAAAGUAAAUGGCUACCACACCGAUCUUAACAGGGCCAAGUUCUGAUAAUCCAAUGGGACCAUUCACGUGCAAGAGCGGCAUUAAAAGCGAAGUUUGCGACGUAAGAAUAGUUUGCGAACACUGACUCCUUAGGGUGCGAUUAAAAGAAAAGAAAAAAAGAGUCGGCUAUUCGAGCGCAAAACAAGUUUUUACCAUUACUCUCUCUCUCUCUCCCCCCCUUCCUCCUUUUCUCUUUUCCUCUUUCUCUCUCUCUCUCGCAGUCAUCCGACAGCAGUGUCGAGCAAUAGAGCGAUCAACGUACAUUCUCAGUAUUUAAGGCAGCGUUAAUCGCGUUGAAAUGGAUGGGUUCAGUUCCUACAAUGAUACGUUCGCCGGGCAUUUGGUGGCUGAAUGUGAAUAGUUGUACCGUGUACAUUUGCUAUGUUGUAAAUUUGGAGUACAAUUAUUGUAGACUAUAGAAAAUCUCAUAGGAGUGACCGUUCGCGCUAAGUUCACGAUUCGUCAUUCUCUCCCUGCCCCCCCCCCUCCCCCCACCUCCGACUUCUAUCUUCCGCUUUUCCCAUUCGCAUCGACGGAUGUGAAAAUCCCCCAGAUUUAGGUUGUCUUGUGAAAGUUAUCGGGACGAGCCUCCUCUCCCUCUUCCCCCCCUCUGUUUUCGUCAUUAACCUUAUCCGUUUCUGUCAAAUUCGAAAUUGAUUAUCAAUGUUAACCGACGUUACUUUUUGCUAUCUAAUGACUCGAUGAUGAUUAUGAUAUGAUAAUGAUGUUGAGAUAUAAAAUAAAUUGUGUAAAUAUACCA